GGGAAGAGCCACAGUCUUCGGCCCCGGCCAAGCCCAGCUCCCGUCCUCACCUGAUCCUGCUUGUGCUCUCACCAUGAGCUGUCGCCUGCAGAGUUCCUCCGCCAGCUACGGAGGGGGUUUCGGGGGUGGCUCUUGCCAGCUGGGAGGAGGCCGCAAUGUCUCUGCCUGCUCAACCCGCUUUGUCUCUGGGGGAUCUGCUGGGGGCUACGGGGGCGGCAUGAGCUGUGGCUUCGGUGGAGGGGCUGGUAGUGGUUUUGGGGGUGGUUUCGGAGGUGGCUUUGGAGGUGGCCUUGGAGGUGGUUUCGGAGGUGGCUUUGGAGGUGGCCUUGGAGGUGGCUUUGGUGGGGGUUUUGGUGGUGGCUUCGGUGACUUCGGCGGUGGCGAUGGUGGCCUCCUUUCCGGCAACGAGAAGACCACCAUGCAAAACCUCAACGACCGCCUGGCCUCCUACCUGGACAAGGUGCGCGCCCUGGAGGAGGCCAACACCGAGCUGGAGGUGAAGAUCCGGGACUGGCACCUGAAGCAGAGCCCCAGCAGCCCGGAGCGGGACUACAGUGCCUACUACAAGACCAUUGAGGAGCUGCGCGACAAGAUCCUGGCGGCCACCAUCGACAACAACCGGGUCAUUCUGGAGAUCGACAACGCCCGGCUGGCGGCGGACGACUUCAGGCUCAAGUAUGAGAAUGAGCUGACCCUGCGCCAGAGCGUGGAGGCCGACAUCAACGGGCUGCGCCGGGUGCUGGACGAGCUUACCCUGUCCAAGACUGACCUGGAGAUGCAGAUCGAAAGCCUGAACGAGGAGCUGGCCUACCUGAAGAAGAACCACGAGGAGGAGAUGAAGGAGUUCAGCAGCCAGGUGGUGGGCCAGGUCAACGUGGAGAUGGACGCCACCCCCGGCAUUGACCUGACCCGCGUGCUGGCCGAGAUGAGGGAGCAGUACGAGGCCAUGGCCGAGAAGAACCGGCGGGACGCCGAGGAGUGGUUCCACAGCAAGAGCGCAGAGCUGAGCAAGGAGGUGUCCUCCAGCACUGCCCUGAUCCAGACCAGCAAGACCGAGAUCACGGAGCUCAGGCGUACGCUCCAGAGCCUGGAGAUCGAGCUGCAGUCCCAGCUCAGCAUGAAAGCCGGGCUGGAGAGCACGGUGGCGGACACGGAGUGCCGCUAUGCCCUGCAGCUACAGCAGAUCCAGGGGCUCAUCAGCAGCAUCGAGGCCCAGCUGAGCGAGCUGCGCAGCGAGAUGGAGUGCCAGAACCAGGAGUACAAGACACUGCUGGACAUCAAGACGCGGCUGGAGCAGGAGAUCGCCACCUACCGCAGCCUGCUGGAAGGCCAGGACGCCAGGAUGGCUGGCGUAACCGCCUCAGGAGGAAGCGCCGGGGUCACGGUCACCACCUCUACCUCCUCUUCCAGUCGCCGCCUUUCAGACACCCGGAAGCUUUAAAUCC